AUGCUAACUAGUGCUAUGGCACAAGUUUUUCAGGAUAAAAUCAAUCUUUUUCUGAAAUUACUGAGGCGAACAUUCAUAACAACACAAAAGUUGCAUUCAACCUCAUUUCGGGAGAAUUCCGACUCAUAUGUUAUUUUGACGAAGAACCGACCACAUUUAACAAAUUGGCCAGAUACGAAAUUGGGACCCAUCGAUGCCAUAAAUCCUAAAUACCCACUUCCUGGGUAUGUGGGCUUGGUUGAAAAAGAUAAAAAAUGUGAAGUAGCUCUUAUUCCUGCAGCCAGUAAUUUACCAGUCCCCUCAACACAUCACUAUGCCUCCGUUCUCUCGCAGGCAGAAUAUAGUAUUGAGGAAUUCGUUGAUGCACAUUCCCUUGUUCCAACAUUAGAUCCUACACUUGAGCAUGUUGUACAUUCAUGUCCAGAAAUCAUUAAAUCUGAUUUGUCAAUACUUUAUCCCACUAAAGAUUUCUCUGGAUCUCGAUUAACUUCCAUUUCUUUUCACUAUUCACUUAAAAGUUCGAAAGACGCUGAAAAUUUUGAGGACGUAUAUGAAUUGUUUGUGCAGUCCGCCUUAGAUGUGUGUGCAUCCCUGAAUCAGAUGGGAUAUUGGGCAGAUUUCAUGCACCCGAAAACCGGUAUUCCGUAUAUCGGAUUUCAUUUGCAACCUUACUCUGACGCACGUUUGACAAACUUUGGCUUUUACGUGAAUGCUAAUGGAUGCUGUAAAGUAAAUCGGGAGAGACUGCGCAAUCAACGUCUGUUUGUGGGAAUACUUUUCACGGAUGCCCCUAAAGAUCAUCCUGCAGGUUGCAUCGUCAUCGUCACGGUACCGUUUAUUUUCUCUUCCGUACUCUACUUGAAGUACUUUAUUGAAUCGUCAUCGAAGUUUGAAAAAUGUGCUUUUAAAUGUGCUCCGAUUGUUUGGCUUACUACUUUUGUUGGAAUUAUUCGUUAUUAUGUUGUAUCAAAAUCAUAUGCUACCUUCAUAUCCAUUGGAUUGCUGUUUUGCAUCAUCGGAGAUAUUUGCUUGGUGUAUGAUAUUAAAGAACUUUUUCUUUCUGGUAUGAUAACAUUUGCAAUCUGUCAUGCCUCCUACACAAUGGCUUAUGGAUUCAAGCCUCCUCAUUUUUCUCUCUCUUUCCCAAUUAUAAUUGCUUUUCUCACACUGAAUUAUCAUUUUGCACCAGCUCUUCGUGGACUCUUUGUCUACGCUAUUCCUGCCUACAGUUUUAUUCUUUUUGUCAUGAUCUGGCGUGCUGUCUCCCUUGCUCUUGAAACAUCGUCUUAUUCACUGGCUCUUGGUAGCAUUUUAUUCGGUCUUUCCGAUACUCUGAUUGGCAUCAAUAAGUUUCUUACACCCUUGGAACACUCUCACUAUACAAUUAUGGCAACUUACUAUCUAGGUCAGCUUGGAAUUGCGAUUUCAACUUUAUCAAUUGGAUCAAAACAGAAGAUCAACUGA